AUGCGUUACUUGAAGGCCACAAUCGACCUAUGCCUAGUGUAUGAAGGGGAAAUUGAGCCCUUAACCGGCUUCACUGACUCAGACUGGGCUGGAGACCGUGAGACACGGAAGUCGACUUCAGGCUACGUUUUCAACCUUGGGAGUGGUGCGAUUAGCUGGUCGUCAAAACGGCAGUCCUCAACGGCCCUCUCGUCUUGUGAAGCCGAAUAUAUUGGACAAACCCAGGCGACAAAGGAGGCUAUCUGGCUACGAAGACUCCUGACAGAGCUACAGGUAGCAAAUGAAGAAGAGCAUGCACCAGCUGCCACAAUUAUAUAUGGGGAUAACCAGGGAGCAAUCGCACUGGCAAGGAAUCCUCAGUUCCACGCAAGGACGAAGCACAUCGAUGUACAACACCAUUUCGUCCGAGAGAAGCAGCAUAGAGGUGAGGUUGAUCUUCAGUUCGUCCCAACAGACCAACAAGUCGCAGACGGCCUCACAAAAGCACUGCCAAAGGACAAGUUUGAGGUGUUCAGAAGAGCGCUGGGCCUUGCGUGA